AUGUCUUCUCUAGAGUUCUCUUCCUUCUCCUCCUCCCCCUUCUUCUUCUUCUUCUUCUUUCAUCAUAAGGUCUGUGACCGCUAUCCGUAUUUCAUUUCUUUUCUUCAGCAGCGUUUGCUUUCUUUUUCAAUAUCUCUUCACUUUUUCUUUCUUUCUCAAUAUCUCUUCGAUAUUUCUUUUCUUUUACCAUAUCUCUUCUCUCUUUUCGUCACUUACAAUAUCUCAUCACUUUUCCUUUCAUUUACAAUAUCUCUUCUUUUUUGCCUUUCUUUUUCAAUAACUCUUCGCUUUUCUUUCUUUUUCAAUAUGUCCUCUUUUUCCUUCUUUUUUAAUAUCUCCUCUUUUUUUCCUCCUUUCUCAAUAUCGCUUCUUUUUUUCUUUCUUUUUCCAUAUCUCUUCUCUUGUUCUUUCUUUUUAAUAUCUUUUCUCUUAUACUUUCUUUUUCAAUAUCACUCCCUUUUUCUUUCUCAUCAUCUUCACUUUUUCUUUAUAUUUCAAUAUCUAUUCUCCUUUUCUUUCUUCUUCAAUAACAUUUCACUUUAUCUUUCGUUUUCAGCAAAUCUUAUCCUUUCUUCUUUCUCAUUAUCUCUUCUCUUUUUUCUUUCUUUCUCAAGAUCACUUCACUUUUUUUUCAUUCUUUCUCAAUAUAUCUUUUCUAUUCUCUUUAUUUCUCAAAAUCUCUUUUUCUUUCAUUUUUAA